CGUGCACGGUCUGCGCGCGCUGCGUGAGGACGCGUGCGCAUGCGGGCGCGCGCGGGUCCCGGUGCUGCGCCGCGGGCCAGGCAGUGCGCCUGUGCGGCCGGCGCAUCCCGAUGGAGCGCAGCGGCGGCUUCGGGGCGGGAUCCCGGGCGGAGGGGGCUGCGCGGGGCACCCCUCUUCCUGGGAAGAUGGCCGAACCGGGCGCGGUGCGGACCUCGCCACCCAACCACCGGUCUCCAGGCAUGGAUGGAUUUUUGAAAUCCGACGAGAGACAGAGAUUGGCCAAAGAAAGACGAGAAGAAAGAGAGAAAUGUCUGGCCGCCCGGGAACAGCAGAUCCUGGAGAAACAGAAAAGAGCCAAGCUCCAAUACGAAAAGCAAAUUGAGGAGCGAUGGCGCAAACUGGAGGAGCAGCGGCAACGGGAGGACCAGAAGAGGGCUGCCGUGGAAGAGAAGAGGAAGCAGAAACUUCGGGAGGAGGAGGAGCGGCUGGAGGCGAUGAUGCGCCGGUCCAUGGAACGCACGCAGCAGCUGGAGCUGAAGAAGAAGUGUUCAUGGGGAGCACCGCUGGCCACGGCGCCCGGAGGACGUGAUGGUGAAACAGGAAAUACCCCACCCCCUCCUCUAGGUUUAGCAGCCAGCACCCUCCCUCCGGAUGCAGGGACCACUGCCGCAGCUGCCGAGCCCACCAACGCAUGUGACAAACUUUCAACAUCAACCAUGAAUUUGCCAAAGCAGACGGAGCCUCCCAUGAGUAAACGCCUGUCUUCAUCCACCGUGGCAAUAUCCUAUUCCCCAGACCGAGCUCAUCGCACGCACCUUAGUCCCAUGGAAACCUUUCUUGUUAUGCGACUGUUGACACCCACACAGGCUUCUUUAGCCAGAAGCAGAAGUGCACUUAUGCUCUCUGAGCAGACCAGUGACUCAGUAUUUCAUACCUGUCCUCGUAUAGCUCCUGCUGGCUCUCUUAAAUCUUCCUACAAGUCUUCUCCCACUCGAAACACUGAGAGGAAGAAGGCCACAUCUACACCUGGCGCAGGAGAUGCUGGAAAAGGAACCCCUGCAGGAGCAGAGGCCUCUCCGACGGAGAAAAAGAGGGGGCAGCGAGUGACAACUUCUACUCCCACUGGUGGCCUUGGAUCCCCUCUGAGAAGAUGCGAGUUUUCUGGAGGCGUUUCUAAGAGAUCAUCUUCUCCCGUGAUACCCAAGACGCCUUCGAAAGCAUAUCCACCGUCUCCAAAGACGACGAAGCCACCGUACCCAGGGUCUCCUGUGAAGUACCGUGUUCCUGCCCUUCCCGGCCAAGAAACACCCAAAAAGAAAGCAGAGAAAGAGAAGAGCAACAAGGAAAGGGAAGGUGCCUUGGCUCAGCAGGCUGCUGGGCCACCCGGCGAGGAAGCCCCAGAGAAGCACGUGGCAGACAAACAUGCCAGCGAGAAGCACGCCGCUGCGGCGGGGAAGGCCGAGAGCAGCGCAGCCUUGGGGAAGCCCACAGCCGGCACAACUGACGCAGGAGAGGCGGCAAAGAUCCUGGCUGAAAAGAGAAGACAGGCCCGGCUGCAGAAGGAGCAGGAGGAGCAAGAACGACUGGAGAAAGAAGAGCAAGACAGGCUGGAGAGAGAGGAAUUGAAAAGAAAGGCGGAGGAGGAAAGGCUUCGCCUAGAAGAAGCAGCCCGUAAGCAGGAAGAAGAAAGGAAGCAGCAGGAAGAGGAAAAGAAGCGGCAGGAAGAAGAGGAGAAAAGAAAGGCCGCAGAGGAGGCCAAGCGGAAGGCUGAGGAGGAGCUACUGUUGAAAGAAAAGCAAGAAAAGGAAAAGCAAGAACAAGAAAAGCAAGAGAAAGCCAUGAUUGAAAAGCAGAAGGAAACAACAGAAACAAAGGCCCAGGAGGCAGUUAAACAGAUGCGUCUGGAAAGGGAACAGAUCAUGCUGCAGAUUGAGCAGGAGCGACUGGAGAGGAAGAAGAGAAUAGAUGAAAUCAUGAAGAGAACAAGGAAGAGUGAUGUGUCUCCAGAAGUGAAGAAAGAAGACCCCAAAGUGAUGAUUCAGCCUGCUGUGUGUGUGGAAAAUAAGACAAAACCAGAUGUCCCCAACAAAAUAGAAAUCAAUGGAUUGAACACCUGCCAGGAAGUUAAUGGUGUGGGGCGUGCUGCCCCAGAAACUUUUCCCCGAGACAUUUUCUCUAAUGGGCUUAAACCAGUCGGAGGACUUGUUCAUCUGGAUGCGCUUGAUGGGAAAUCAAACAGUCUGGAUGAUUCCACCGAAGAAGUUCAGUCUAUGGAUGUGAGUCCUGUUUCAAAAGAAGAGCUUAUCUCUAUCCCAGAAUUUUCUCCAGUGAGUGAAAUGAUCCCUGGGGUGUCUCUGGACCAAAAUGGAACUGGUAAUGCCCGAGCGCUUCAGGAUCUCCUAGAUUUCACUGGGCCCCCUACGUUCCCCAAGAGAUCCAGUGAGAACCUCAGCCUGGACGACUGUAACAAAAACCUCAUCGAAGGAUUUAACAGUCCUGGCCAAGAAACCGCUCUGGACACCUUCUGUUGACAAGUACCGCAUCCCUCUAAUGAAAGGUGGUGUUUGGAGAACCCGUGCAGCUGCUAGUGGUCAGAUCCAGGCUGCUGGCCACCUGAAGCUUCUGUCGCCCUUCACCGCUGGCUUCCAAGUUAUUAGAGCAGAAUGUCACUGUAUUCCUAGGUAGUAUGUCAAACACUGGCCACUCUUGGUAGAAACCUUGAGGCUUUCGCCUUGUUGGGCUUUAGCAAAGUUUCAUUUUACAGUUCUCUUGAUGAGCUUCAGCCGCUGACAAAGCACUUCCUGUACUUCUCUAUUAUCAUAGUGACCUUCUCAAUAAGCUGAGUGAUUCUGGCUCGGAAAUUCACUUUAUAACCAUUCUUAUUCCCAAAGUUGGCACACAUGAACAUCUAGAUGUCUUUUCCUGUAAAAUAAUCGAGACAUUUACCCAAUCUCUAGUUAAAUAUAUACUCAACCUGGGCUGCAUAUCUCCCUGUCUUUGUUGAGAAAGAAAAGAAAUUUAGGAGUCCCCCCCCCUUUCUCUGUUGGAGGGUACUAUCAAGAAGCCUCUUGUUGUUAUUAUUAAGCUUUGCCACCUGCAAAUGCAUUGCCCCACGUUACUCUGUUGGGGCUAAGGCAGUAAGUUUGGUUGAGUAAGGAAGUAAAAACAGUGUGUAAUGAUUUGUUUUUUAUGCAUAUUCCUGUAUAUGUGGGCAACUGAGUCUAGCCAGGACCCUUUCAUGUCACACCUUAAAAUCUCUGUACUGUAGUCACUCCAAACCAUCGAGUGGCUUUCCCACUGAAUGAAUCUGAAUCAGGUAUCUCACGUGCAGGUGGCUGGUUUUCAUGUUCUUGCUAUUGUGUUUCUACUGGAUCUUGGAAGUUUUUGUUGUUUGCUCCUAUGUUUGCCCAACUGUAAGAAAACCAGGCACAAAUGAAAAUCAUGGUGCUCUGGGGCAAAGGGGCUCCAAAUUGGACCCAGUAUGUCACUUUAUAAGGCUUUAACAUAAAAAAAAAAAUUGAAGGGGGGACAAAAUGACACUAGAAUGUAUACUUCACACGUUUUAUGCCAUAUAAUGGUGUGUUUUCUUAAUUUUGUCUCGUGGCAAAAUGUGACUUUUAGAUUAAAAUAACCUUUUCUUCUUUGACACUUUUUGUUUUGACUUGUACAAUUAAGGGCUUAGAAAGUUCCAUAAUUCUGAGAGAGGUUUGCAACCAGGAGAUAUAAAGAAGUCUCAAUAGUAAUCUUGUUCAUGUGCUUUUAAAGCCAGCUACACUUUAAGAAUUUAUUAGUUAUGGAAACUGUGUAUGUGUAUGUGUAUAUACUAAAUAAAAUAUAUGCCUCCAAAUAAUGCAGUGCCAUUGAUCUUGAUGAACAGCAGGGGGGAAAUCCCUUUUGUGACAAGCACACAAAAAAUGAUAGCAUGGUCUGACUUUGAAAAAAAAUGCCUUGUCAUCUUUCUUAUAGCUUUAUUUUGCUAAAUGUCUGUUUUGUGAUCUGUUUUCCCUCACAGCACCAUUGUGACCAUGCUGAUACCUCGUUUGCAUGACGUGUACAUUGUGUUUAAUGUGAAAUACAUUUUCAUUGAAGAGUC